AAAAAACAGUUAAAUGCAUUUAAUUUUCACAACCUCCAACCCCAACAACUUUACCCAAUAAUAUUCUUAACUUUCUUCCUCAGUUUUCUUCACUCUCCAACCCUAGAAUCAACAAAAUCCCUUUUGAUGAAAAUGGGAUCAACCCACCAACUCUAAAUCCAUACCCAACAAAAUUAAGCUCACACCCAUUUCAAUUAUGUCUACAUUUUUCACUUCCCACCACUUCACUAUCUUAACCCUUUUCAUCUUAUUCCUCAAAAUCCAAUCUUUUGAUCCUGUUUCAUCAUUUUCCUUCACAGAUUUUGGAAAAGAUCCAAGAUUUAAGUCAAUUGUAGGACUUUAUGGCAAUGCAAAGGUUGUCAAUGGAGGUUCUGAAGUUCUUCUAUCUGGGUAUGAGAAUUCAGGAAGUGGGAAAAUCAUGUACAAGAAAUCCAUCAAGCUUGUUGAAGGUGGUGAACCAAAGACAUUAGUAUCAUUUUCAACUUACUUUUCAUUUUCAAUGUCUUUGGGUGAUGGGAAUGGCUUGGCUUUUGUUAUGGUUCCAAGUGGUUUUCAAGGUGAGUUUUUUGAUAAUAGUUCAUCUGGUUUAUCUUUUGGUUUGAAGGAAAAGGAAUCUAAGGUUAUUGGUGUUAAGUUUAUUGCUUCUAGAGAUGAUGGAAAUGAGAGUUCUGCUAGUUUUAGUGUGGCUAUUAAUGUUGGUAGUUCUAUUCAUGUUAAAACAAUCAAUAUCUCUUCUGUUAAUACGGUUAUAAGAAAUGGUGGAAAAUUGCAUGCUUGGAUUGAUUAUGAUUCAAAUUCGAGGCGUUUGGAAGUUAGGUUGAGUCGAUAUGGUCAUUCGAAGCCGGUCGAUCCAUUGCUCUGGCAAACAAUUAAUUUCUUUAAUUUGUGGAAACCUGAAGAGAUGUUUGCAGGGUUUACUUCAAUGAAGGGGAAAACCUCUCAAGCAUGUUUUCUCUAUUCAUGGAGCUUUAUUGUAAGGCAUUUUCCACAUUCGGUGCAUUCAGAGCCGCAAGAUCCAAAUGUCUUUGUUGCUAAGAACACUGAAAGUUAUUCACCUCCAGUAACUGUGAAACCAAGGAGUGAUUGUCUUUUAAGAAUUCUUGCUGCAAUGAUAUUUGGUACUGUAUGUGGAGCAUUGUCAGCAUUCACUGUGCUUUAUUUGUGGACAAUGUUCGGUAAUAGGCGUCCUGUGGUGCCGGAGGAGUGUGUUAUGCAGCCUGUAGAUUUUGAGUACAAGAAAGUGAACAUUGUUGUAGAUAAACCCCUUAAAGAUGCUAAGGUGUAGAUCUACCCACUAACGCAGGGAACUAGUUCGAUGCAUGUGUUGUAAAUCGGUGUUUCUUGUAUUCAGAUUUUGCUUUGCUGUAGUUUGGUAAAGAACUAAUUAAGCUACUUUUUCUUAUGUUAUUAUAUCUAUUUUUGAGCAAAUUGAGAUUGAGAUCCUAAUCUGCAUUAAAGGAUACAUGGCUUUCUUUUUUCAUUUUAGACACAGCUAAAUCUAUGUUAUCAAUGUAUAUUACAUGAUGUUUGCUGACCGAGAUUUUGUUUUAAUUUUGACAGAAAAUAAGCAGAAUUGGUCUUUAUAUUUAA